AUGCCAGAUACCUCUAGUAUAAAAGAUGAGUUAAAUAGACAAUCGUGGAAUGAGUUGUCUGCAUCUUCAUCCAGUAGAACCGAAACACCUGUUGCAUUUACCGGAUAUAAUGACUCUACUAUUGAAGGAGAGAAAGAGUCUAGGAGAGGAUCAGUUUCUUCUGUUAAUAAAUCUUUAGACAUAGUAAGACGUAGUUUUACUGGACAGUCGAUAACGACAGUAGGAUCGGCCAAUUAUUCGACGCGGGAGAUCUUUGGGGAAAUGGAUAGCGAUGAGAUCGACUUGCAAAGAUGCCAGACCAAAAAGUCGAUUUUGGACGAGUUGGUCCAUAGAACACAGGAAUUAGAGGAAGGUUAUAACCGAUCGGCCUACUAUGAGAAAAGAGAUGACUUGGAAAGCCAGUAUGAGGAAUUACCCGAGAUGGCAGUGCCGGUAGAAAAUAACGGAGACGAAUUCCAGGACAUUGACCCCGAGUUGAUUACGUGGGACGGACAUGACGACCCAGAAGAUCCUAGGAACUGGAAUAUUGGGGUCAAGAUGUACCUUGUUGCAUUUGUGUCUAUUUAUACCUUGGUGUCGCCGAUGUCAUCUUCGAUGCCAUCACCUGCAAUCGACACCAUUUCCGAUGAGUUUGGAAUUACCUCGUCGGUUGUUGCAUCAAUGAUUAUAUCAAUCCAAAUUCUUGCAUGGGCAGUGGGGCCAUUGCUUAUAGCACCAUUGAGCGAAAAUGACAAUUUUGGCAGAAAAAUAGUCCUCGACAUUUCGAUCUGGAUGUCUUUCUUCUUCAAUAUAGGUUGUGCGUUUUCAAAAACCACGACCCAAAUGAUGGUAUGUAGGUUCGUUGGAGGAUUAUUUGGUUCGUCACCCAUUAAUAUCGGAGCCGGAGUCAUAUCUGACUUAUUCGAUGCCAAAUCCAGAAACUUUGCGCUUGCUGGUUUUUCGCUUGCACCGUUAUUAGGGCCGGUUAUUGCGCCAGUUAUGGCAGGGUUCAUUAGUGACCAUAUGCAAUGGAGGUGGAUUUUUUACGUAUUGAGCAUCUUUAACGGGGUGGUUGCAAUCCUGGGCACUCUAUUUUAUAAAGAAACCUAUGCGCCAGCUUUAUUAAAACGGAAAGCUAAGCAGUUGCGAAAACAAACGGGCAAUUACAAUUUGCAUACUAUCUACGAAAUUACCAACGGAGAAACUUUCUGGGGUAAAAUGUAUGUCACAAUGUCAAGACCAUUGAAGUUGUUAGUUUCUCACCCAAUGAUUAUGGGAUUGGGUUCAUUCAUGGCAUUCACUUACGGUUUUAUGUAUCUCAUGAUUGUCACAUAUCCAACCAUUUAUGGUGACAGUUAUGGUUUUAGCAAGAGCAUUACAGGAUUAAUGUAUAUUCCAAUGGGUAUCGGCUUCGUCUUGGGGGUUAUGUUUUGGACCGUUAUGAUCGACAAGGUUUAUCGUAAUCUAACCAAAAAGAAUGGCGGUGUUCCCAAACCCGAAUUCAAAUUGCCAUGCCUUUGUACCUCUGGUAUUGGUAUUGCAAUUGGUUUAUUUUGGUACGGCUGGUCGGUCCAAAAUCAAUUGCAUUGGAUUAUGCCUUCGAUAGGUUCAGCUAUAUUUGCCUUCUCAUUUAUUGCCGUUUUCCAAACGAUCCAGAACUAUCUUAUUGACAUGAAUAGCUUUACUGCUGCGUCUUCUGUUGCUGCUGCUGCUGUAUUUAGGUCAAUCCUUGGCUUCAUCAUGCCAUUAGUCGCUCAGCCUAUGUAUAAGAAAUUGACCUAUGGAUGGGGUAAUACUAUGUUUGGUUUCAUUGCUUUAUUGUUAGGAAUACCCUUCCCGAUUUUCUGUUAUAUGUAUGGUGAAAAGCUUAGAAACUGGGCCAACAAAAGAUUCGAAUUACAACAACUCAAAAGAGACCAAAAAAACUUAGAGAAGUUAAGAAAACAAAUUUAA